UUGGUCAGCUACCGUAAACUGACCAAUGACUCCGAUCCACCAAACCUCAUUCAACAAAAAGAAAGUACAAAUUAUAAAUAUCUAAUGAAGCUAGUACGUACUACUCUUACCAAAAGGGAUCGUAAAGAAAACUAAGCACCUACAACUAGUACUCUUUGCUUUCUUCUCUUGAUCAAUUUUUUUUCCGUAGAAGAUGGCCGUUGCAACAAAGUUGUGCCUCAAUCUCUCCCCUCAACCUCCACCUUCUAACUUUAUUCCUCCACCUUCAAAGACUACUCAAGUUUCUUGCAGGCAACGAAAAGAAGGAUCAUGGAAAAGCCAAUGUGUAUUAGGGAUGGCAUGUAUAGUAAUUGGAUUAGAAUUAGACAGCUCAAUAUUAGUAAAUCAAGAAAUUAGUGCUAUCGCCGGGGAUAUGCAAUUACAAAUUAUUGCCGGAAAACCAGCACAGAAAUGGAGCGAGAAAAGAUCGUGCCCGCCGUGGAACGGGAACUCUUUAGAAACCAUCGUGCCGGAGAACUUACCGAGGCCGGUGACUCGCCGGAGAUGGGAAACCGUUGAUUAUACUACUACUCAAUCUGCACCAGAAGUAAAGUUGGUGACAAAAUUUAGUAAAGGAUGCUUCACUAUGUGAACAUAUUAAAGGUUAAUGUACAGUCAAGGGAGUUGGGUAUAGGGUAAAGGGUUCAAUUCAAUUCCCUCGAAAUAGACUAUUGAAUCCCUGUGACAUAAAAAACAAGUUCAAAUUUCAGCUGUAGCAUUGUUUUUAGAAUCCUCUUAUAUAAACUUCUUGGCCCCGCCAAUAGCUAUUUAAUUACCGUGUAUAUUGAAGAAUGCUAAUAAAAUAUUUGUGGUCUUAAUUUGU